GUAACGACGACACGACCGGACCGCAGUUGGAGGCCGGUUAUCACGGCGACGACGGUUCGCGCGACAAGUGGCCGACCGUGCGCGUCCUUAUCACAGUCUAGAAAAAAACGAAAAAAAAAAAAAAAAUCGCGAGAUAGUGGCGUGAAAAUAUAAUAGUAUGAGAUACGCGUAUUAUCAUCGAUUUCGUCUCGUCGUCGUUGGCGUGCUGUGCGAUCCGUUGCGUUAAAAAAAAAAAAAAAACCCGAACGUUCGCGGUUCGGCACGCGCAAUAGUCAAUAAGUCUCCAGACGAGAGCUUAACCCAUUUGCCCCGUUUGUGUUUUACCCCGCGACGGUGGUCGUCCGGGAGAUAGCCGAGAAUUAAUAUCCGUAGGCGUGCGCCGCCGUAGUCGUUUCGGGGGUGGAAAAAGCUUAGAGAGAAAUCGUACGCGCGGGCCCGGCUGCGUCGGUGUCGUCGGACGACCGGGCACAGCGCGCGCGCGCUUAACGAUUUAUGUCUGCCGCCGCCGGCGGCCGUCGUCGUCCGAUACGUCUGCCGUCUGCGCUGCGUAGGUACGCGGCACUCGCACUCGGGCUCGGCGGCAGUUAGGUAGUUAGUGUGAGCGGCGGUCUUAGCCCGCACAUUUGCCGUCCCUCAGUGGAAGGCGGACCGGGUUGUCUCUUUCCGUUUUUCGUCGCUUUUCCCGUUUCGUCUGUGACACAUUCGCUGGCCAUGGACGAACCAGCUCAGACCACCGACGUCCAAAACGUCGACCAAAACCUCAGCAUGCAGAGUACUAUUGACCGUUUACUUCAUAUGAUAACAGAAGAAAGAGAUGAAAUGGUAUUGAAUUCAGUUGUUGCGUCUCUUCAAACCUUAUCAAAAUCUCACUCCACACAAAUUGUUCAAAAUAUGAUACAUUAUAAACUUCAAAAUUCGUUAAGUGUUGUUGAAUCUAAAAGCCUACUAUCUGCUAUGAAACAACUUUGUGAAAACCACUAUGAUGAUUUUGAUGUGGAGCUUACAAAUAAUUUGGUUCAAUUUGCCACUAAUGAAAUGUUUAAAUCCUCAGACUCUCAAUUUCCAGCAUCAGAUAUGUUAAUCAUCUUGGGCCGAGGAAGAUCCGAUCAGAUUAUACAAAACCUUAUGUCUCAUUUAAAAGAAGGCAUUCCUCCACAUCCUUCUAUCAUAUAUUCUUUGGGACAUCUUGCUUCAAAUCACCCUCUUAAAUUUAUUAACUUCGUUGAUCCAUUCUUAUCAGCUAUUUGCUCGAUUUUGCUUCUGACUAAGUCAGAUGCUUUGCGUAAAAUUUAUGCUACAGCGAUUGGUCAGGUUUGUGCAUCUGUUAUUGAAUGUGAACCAUCAGAUAUAAAUGCAAUUAAACAAAAUUUGUCACCUAAGCUAGAAGAAAUCUACAAAAUUAUUAAUGAUGUCUGGUUAAUUUCCAAAGAUAUAAAGCUGAUUGAAAAUAUCCUUGAAGCAUUAAGUUCAAUUGUUAUGCUAAUGAGUACAGAAACAUUAAACAGAGAUUGUAUAGUAAUUUUGACAAAUAUACUGAGUUUGUAUAAAAAAUGUCUAUCUAUCGGUAUGUCUCGAUAUUGGGUUUCACAGUACUUAGCAAGUUUUUUAUCUGUGGUAUCAGAAAUCAUGCUAGAACCAGUAAUAGAUAAUCUUUUUUCAAUAUUACAUGAAAUGGUUAUUGUAAUGCCAGAUUAUGAUUUUCCAAUGUCCAUUAAAAAUCAUUCCGAAGUUCUAAGAUGUUACACUUAUUUAGGUAAACAUUUUGGUGACAAAAUAUGUGAAUUGAUAUUACGAGAUCUUAGAUCUAAUUCAGAGCAAGGAAGAAUGGGUGCUUUAUUGAUUGCAUCACAUUUAUUGAAUGCCUCCAAUCAGAGUAUAAAGGUAAAAUCAUCAGAAAUUAUUCCAAUUUUGUAUGAUCUGCUGAAAAACAAUAGUUCAUUUCAGAUGAAAAACUUAUUAGUAAAAAUUUUUAUAUGCUUUGCAUAUCAAGGACAUUUAACUGAAAAGGAUGAUUAUUUUAUUGAGUUUUUGAUUAAAAACAUUUGUUAUUAUGGUCCGUCAAAUAACAAAUAUUCUACUGAUAAUGAUGGGAUCUUAAUAAAACAAACUUGUGAGGAUGCAAUUUAUAUUCUUUGUACAUCUAUAGAACCAGUGCAAGUAUUAUGUUGGAAUAAGUUAUUAACAUUCUUACAAAGUAAUGAAUAUGAAAAUGCUGUACCAUCAAUUACACGAUCAUUGGCACACAUGGCUACUAAAUCUCAUUUAAGAUCUAUAAGAUUUGAAAAAGAACACGAUUUGAUAGUUGUGAGAUGUCUUUUCUUGUUAUGUCAACCAUUUAAAGAUAACAGGGGUAGUUAUGUAGUAAACUUUCUAUUAAAUUAUGGUUUUCAUGACUUAUCUGACAAUGAAAAAGAAUUUUGGACAAAACACGCUGAGAUGUUGACAAACUUUCUCGAUACUGCAACUGAAAAAAAUGAAAAAGAAUGGGAAGUUGUUUUAUUAAGUAGGCUCAGCAUUAUACUGGAUGAAUGUACACUUAACCAACAUUGGUGCUUAGCAUUAGUUGGACAACUAUUUGAUGAACUAAUAAAAACAACUGAAAAUACAAAAAUGUUCUCUCCUGACAUGUUUUUAAUGGUCAAAAUAAUAUCAUACAUUGCUGCUUACUUUGAUUCUGAUGAAUUAUUGCUCACAAAAAAACUAUUAUACUUCAUUUUUCAAACUCUAUUAAAAAUGUCAUUUGAGAAUAGUCACGAAUUUUCUAGAGCUAUUGGUGUUCUAAGCCAAGCUCAUACUGGAAUAGUGCUAAACAAAUUAUUGGAAUUUACCAAAUCUGAAUUAACCAAACAACCAAAUAAAUUUUUAGUCCUUAUUAGGGACAAAGGUAAUGAAGUGAAUAGAGAUAAGAUUCGAUCUGCAAUUUCUAUUAUUAUACCUGAUGUAGUGAAGAAUGGAAAGCUUCAAAGUGUUAUUUAUGGCAUGUAUGAUAUUGUAAUAUUGAUUACUCAUCAAAUUACUUUAACAAAGAAUAUGGAAACUAAAAUUUCAUUAGUCCAAUGCCUCCAAGUUUUAGCAGAUGUUAUGAGUAAUGUUGAGAUCGGUGACACUAUUCCAAAUUUAGCUAUUAUUCGUGAUACAGUCAUUAAAAACUUAGUACAUCAAAUUGUAAACUCAAAUUUACUUUCGGAUUAUAUAUAUUAUCAAGUUUUGGCAUCUUAUAUUAAACCAGUCCCACACAUCGAACCUAUAGAUUUAAGCACAAGAUCCUACAUUAUAACAAAAUGUGUUGAAAAGAUAUUUCUACUUUCAUCAUCGGAGAUUGUAGACACUGAUGGGUCACAGACAAUAUUAACAUUAGGACAUCUAUGUAAAAUUCUUGAUCAAUUGCUUAUUAUUAGAAGUGGAUCCUUUGAAGUAGUUGAUGAAAUUGUUUUAAUACUAGACCCAUACAUAGUAUCACAAAAGAAACAUCAAAGAUUUAUUGCUGUUUAUUUACUACAAAGUGUUUUGAAUUGCUAUUAUAGUCAUAGUAAUUCUCAAUUAACAAAAUUGCCAAUGUGUUUGAAUUCUUCUGCGCCUUUAUUUGCAAAGAUGUGUGUGCGUAUUGCUGAGCCUGAUCUAAAAAUAAGACUUAAUGUUUUUAAAUGUUUGGAUGUUUUACUUAAAAUAACUGCUGUAUACAAAGGGACUUUUACUGAAAGUUAUAUAAAUGAAUCUGAAUUCAUGGAUAAAAUAUUAUACAGCAAUAAACCCGAAUCAUGUAGUAAACUUUUGGAGGCUAUACAAAAAAUAUUAAAACCAUCAGAUUUACCUGUGUUUUGUAAAUUAUUAAUUGAUGGUUUGAACGACCACGAAGAAAAAUGCCAAUUCAAAACUAGUGAAAUAUUAAAUGUAUUAUUCCCCAUUGUUGCUCAACAACUUAAUCAAAAGUCCUGCAAUGAAAUUUUAAUUUACUUAGUUAAAGAGCUUGAAAACUCAAAUGAUAUCAUUAAAGCAAAUAACAUAAAAGCAUUGAUUACUUUUGGAAAGUUUAUUCAACCUGAUUUUAUUGAAUUGCUUAUUAACCAAAGCCUGCCAUUCAAUUCGACUGUAUGUGCUAUUUGGCAAUCUUUGGGCAAAGAUCAAAUGUGUUCUCAGAUUAUAGAUACACUUAUAGAAUUUAUUACAUUAACACCAUUGUAUGAUACAAGUACCAAACAGUUCCUAAACAAACCAGUCGCUUCACUAAUUCCUAUUUCAGCACUUAGUGGUUUGAAUGAAAUUUUAAAACAAAUUUCUUACGAUUCAGCCAUAAACUCAUUUCCAAAACUUUUCAAUGUUAUAUUUUUGACUUUUGCUGCAUUGAUUGAUGUUGGCUCGCCCGUAAGAGGAACUAAUAAAAAUUUAUUCGUGUCUUUUAAAGAAUCAUAUGAUAUUAAUCCUGCCAAAAUUGCUCAUAAGACAUUGUAUCAUUUAUUUAAAUCUAUUAAAUUAGAAGAAUGUUCUAAUCAUAUAAUGGAAUCAGGAAAUUGCUUGGAUUCAACAGUUGAUAUUAUAAUGCAUAAAUUAGGACCAUGCAUAAUUAAAGGUUUAGUUGAAACUCAUUCAGAAUUGAUCUCAAAAAUAAUAAAUAAUUUUGACCAAAAUUUAAGCAACACACUAGAAUGUCAACGAAUUGCAAUUGUAGUAUUAUGUUUAUGUUGUACAGAAACCGUAACAGCUGAUGCUAAAUAUACAACAAAUUUGAUAAACAUCUUCUUAAAGUGUUUGAACGAUACUUCAUAUGAUAUAAAAAAGUACUGUUUAAAAGGUCUUACAGUAAUUUGUCAACAUCAACAAAUUUUGUCUGAAAAUCAGUCUCAAUAUAUACUUGAUGCAUUAAUGGAAGGUCUUGAAGAAUAUCAAACAUUACAAAGUGAUGUUACAUUAGAAGCAUUGCGUGGUCUUAUAUCAUUAGUUCCUCAUUUAUCAUUAGAAAAAUUUGAAAAGCAUUAUACGACAUUAACAUUUCGUAUAAAACAAUUUUUUGAAAAUGAAAAUAAUGAGAUGCGUUACACGUCCAUAAGGCUUUAUGGUGAGUUGUGUUCGAAAACUAAAGAAUUUAACAUUCAUGUGGAUAUGUCGUUACAUCAUACCAAUAUGGUUACUUUUCUAUUGCACUUGUGUGAGAAUGAUACAAAUAUUGUCAAGGCCUGUAAAUUUUCAUUGAAAAAAAUAAGCAUCUUAUUACAUUCUGAAAAAAUGAUAACCAUGACCCACAAUCAUUUGAUUGAAGAAGGACGAUUGAAGUAUACGGAAUUUAUCACUCAAAUGUGUAAAAUUAUGACUGAUGAGUUUUUAUCUUAUGUUACCAUUUAUACUAUGGUUGGAAUAUCUUAUUCAAAAAGUAUUUUUCCCGACGUAAGGGCUAAUGCAGCAUUAUUUGUUGGUUCGUUGUAUAAAGCAAAUCCGAAUAAAUCUUCUUUUGAAUUGAUAUCAAGUAAAAUGUUAAGUCUUACAGUUGAUCCAAAUCCUAAAGUCCGUACUAGUGCUGUUGCUUGCCUCGGAAAACUUUACGAGUAAAUAAUUUUAGAAUAGUAAAUGUCAAUGUUUAUCUUGAUUUUCUAUUAUUAUUUAAAUUAAAUUAACUCUUUUGAAUAAUUAUAAUAGUUUCAAUCAUAGUCAUUAGUCAAUUUUAAAUUGUAGUCAAAGUAGUAAGAUAUAUUUACAAUUUAAAUGUAUUAAAGUUUUUUUAAAAGCUAUUAUUGUUUUAAAAUAUUUUAUGUGUUAAUGGUUGUGUGAUUUUUUUAAAUGUUUAUCCUAUAAAAUUUAUAGACAUAAGCAUCCAUUACUGAUUAUGGAGUUAAUCAUUAUUAUGAAGCUGAAUAAUAAUUUUUUGCUGUGACUAUUGUGAUUAAAAAUUAAAAUAAGUGUAUGAAGUACCAACAACAUAAUACAUGGUGAUUCUUUUAUCUCAAAUAAUAUAAUAUUAAGGAAAAUGUCCCUACAUUUUACAUUUUUAAACAUUUUAUCACAUUCAAUACAUUUCUAUACUUUCUAUAAUAAUAAUAAUUGUGUUAACAAUUUCAUCUUAAUUUUAAAUAAUUAUACUUAAUAUUAUACAAGUAUGAAUAAAAUACUCAAAACUUUUCUUUUUUAAUUUAAAACAAUAAUACAAUUUUAUUAUUAUUGUUAUUGAUUUAGUUUUAUUUUCUUAAAAUACAUAUUUUAUGAUUGUUAUUGUUUAUUACAAAAAAAAAAAAAAAGUACAAAUCGCUUUAUAAAAAUCACUAUGUAUUAUGUAUAACAAAACUAUUCCAUUAUUAUAAAAUAAUGUUUUGCAAAUUAUAUAAUACUUGUUUGAAAUGCAUGUAUGUUGUUUUGUUUAAUGUUUUAUUCUUACCUACCUCAAAAAUUAUACAUUUUGUGUUCCCAUAUUCUGUGAAAAUAAUAUUAUAUAUGUAUUGUUCACCUAAAGUAUAAUUCUUACACUAAAAACUACCCACGUGUGUUUAUAUUUAUGUAUUAAUAAAAUUAAAAAUAAAGUUUGCACAAAAAAA